AUACUGUUUGUUUCACAUCUUCAUCUUCAGGUGCUUAUGCGGGUCUGCCGUCAUCAUUAAUGUCUCUUCCACUGGAUCCCCCAAAGCCUCUUAUGGACAACUGCUCUCCCAACAACCUGAGUCCUGAAUAUCAGACAGCGCAGGUCGUGUCAGACCUCAACAUACCAUUCAAAGCUCAUGCGCCUCAGAGUGAAAGUGAGCUGGCUCUUGCCAUACAACCCCUCACACUGCAUCCACACCCACAAGAUUUUGUCACGGCGUUUGACGAUCAAGGUCCAGCUGCCCGCUGGAUCGCUGCCCGAAGGGAGGAAGUAGUGCGCCAGAUGACCGAGGCGUGUCUCAAUCAGAGUUUAGACGCUUUAUUGUCUCGUGAGCUCCUGAUGCGUGAAGACUACGAGUUGGUCGUGAACCAAACCACACGUACCGCCAAAGUGCGGAAGCUCCUGGACACAUGCGAGCGGCACAGCGAGGAGUUUUGUCGUGUGGUGGUGAGGAAACUUCAGGACAACAAACAGAUGGGUCUGCAGCCUUACCCAGACCUCAGCACCACCAGCUCGCCACCUCCGCCAUACGUAGCCCCCAGCGCCCCCUUCCUCUCCAACUCCUUCAACAACACCAGAAACUUCUAAGCGUUCCCGAUCUCCAAUCACUGCUCUCCAAUCAGAGCUCUGUGAGUCCUUUUUACAGUUACGGAUGGUUCAUUGCGCUUUUACAUUUGUGCUUCUGCUCGGCGGUUGAACCAUCAACAGUUGUUACAUGCAUUAAACAAGGCCAACUUUGAUCAAACCCCUAGGAUAUAAUGACUUAUAGCAACUAUGGUGGUUGUUGAAUCCGAAGAGUAACAUUUAUGUUAAUAAGUGAAGCCAGUAGAGUGGUAUCAGCACGUCAUGUUUAAACGUUUAUUCUAGACAUUUCACGAAUCUGGAUGUUUCUACAUGGAGAGCUGUGAAGCUUCUAAGCAAUCAGUCCUGUCUUGUUAUCAUUUGCACUUUCCAUCCCAGCAAAUUCAUUAAAACUGAAGACUUGAAUGAGCUGAAGUUCUAAAAAACGUAAUAAAAUAUGCUUUAUUUCCACAUUAGUGCAAAGUCACGGUUCCGGAAUUGAUGAAGUUUUGUGUGGAUCAGCAUUUUCGGUCUUCCUUUUUAUAAAGCAUCAUGACUUGU